AUGCCCUUCCGAGAUGAGUCGAACCUGGUCGCCUUUAGGUAUGAACAGACGGUGCAGGCCCAGCCCCCAAUCCCGAUACCCGCUCCUCGACAUCCUCCGGCGCGCUCGGGGUCCGCCUCACUACGAACCAUAUCGUCGAAUCCCGCUAUGUCUUUCUUCAUGAGUGGCCAGACCCCGCCUAUGCCUCCGGCUGAAGAGCAUCCGGCUUUGAGGAGCGACUUUUCUUCAACUACCGACAGCGGUGAUGAAUGGAAGAGGGACUCAGUCGCCCCUAGUGCCUCAUCAGCCACAACGAUAUACGAGGAAGAGCUCGAUACACCUAUCCUGUAUGACAAAGAGCUCGGUCUAGAGCUGGAGACCUCAAGCCACCCCGCCACAUCACCAGCCAUCACACAAUCUCCCACCCUGAUUGAGUCGCCAGUCGUGCUCGAUGAGGAUUCUGCCCUCGCCAUCAAGGAGCUUCUUGCGGCUCGCCGCUUCGAGUGUGAUGGCCCCGAUGACGAUGGUAAGGCGCCCUUGGUGGCUCGCCAACUCCAUCCCCGAGCGGCACCUCCACCUCCUCUCUCACCGAAAGCUCUUCGACCCCAGGACCCCGUUCGAGCCUCUUCUGAACUCUCCCAGCCACCUCAAAGCCCCAAGAGCCCGACCACAUCCCAGCGCAGGCUUGGCAGAGGCUUUAGCUUCCGCGUCGGCUCGUCGACCCGCUUGAAGAAGAGAAGCAUGGUCGAGAUGGCGACACCUUUGGAAAUGGGGAUCGACGGGGCCAGCUCCACCCCCAAACAGCCGGGACAAUCUUUCCCAAAUCUAGAGGCGACGAGUGACAUGACCGAUAACGACUCCACCUCGGCCAUCGAGCACGCCGCCGCCGUUCCCGACAGCAAGACUAUUGCCUCCCGUCCCACUACUAGCCCCGCCCACACCACGGCUAUCCCCACCGCCAUAGACGCCACCGCUCCGGCCACCAGCACCACUCCCACAACAGCAACAACCACCGCCAUUUCCGCAGCCAGCGACGAUGCAUCGCCGCCCAACCCCGAUGCUGCGACGUCCGACGAACCCCCGCCGGCGAUCCCACGCGUUCGCGUUCUCCCCGCAGAUGUAGAGAGGGAGUCUCUAAAGGUGAGAUCGCUCUAUGAAGCUGGUGAUGCCUUCAACUGGGAGCUGGGUGCACCCCCAUCCUCAUCGGGUCAGCGCCUGGCUCCCACCCCCGAGGACCCCGUUCAGAAGGACUCGCUUGACACCCGCGAGCCCGAAGCCGGACUGUCACUCCCAGUCCUACCUCAGCGUACUUCAAUAUCCGCCGAAUCUUCGGUCCCUCCUCCGCCCGAGUUAGUCAGGCUCGAGUAUGAACUUGCUGGCGGAGCUGAAGACUGGCAAGAUAUUGACGGGGCCGAUGUCGACCGAUAUGGUUUCAUCCGGCCUCGUCCCCAACAUACCGCCGGAUCCCUGGCGGACAACCCUGGCCGCCGGGGCCGCGCAACGUCGAGAAGGAGGAACUUUUUGACGACACGCGAUCCGUCCGAGCUCAACAGCGCCCGCGUGCCGGGAAGGAAGGUUUCUGCUAGAUCCCUCCACACCCAAGCCUCCGAACUCUCCGUGGCCUCGAGGCGCUCGUCAUUCUCGACCUUACGCCAAGCCGCAAACCUGCUCCCCCAUAACAGGGAUCGCAGACGGGCCGAUGAAGCGGGCGAGAUGCUCACCCAUGCCCCUGGCAUCACACAUAUCGCCGAGGAUGAGAACGCCGACGUUCUUUCCGAGACCCUAAAGCAGAAGGAAUGGGAGCGCGCCGAGAAGUGGCGCCGCAUGGCCAAAGUGAUUAAGAAGGGCAACGACGGCGAGGGUAUGGAAUUCGAGUUCGAUCCAAAGAACCCCAAGCUCGUGGACCGCACUUGGAAGGGCAUUCCCGACUGUUGGCGUGGUGCUGCCUGGUAUUCGUUCCUCGCUAGCAGCGCCCGCGCUGAUCCAAACGCACCCUCCGAAGAGCAACUUGUGGCAGAGUUUAGUCGCUUGCAGAGUGAGCCCUGCGAGUACGACGGUCAGAUCGACCUCGAUGUGCCCCGCACUAUUAGCCAACACAUCAUGUUCCGCCGGCGCUACCGUGGUGGCCAGAGACUGCUCUUCCGUGUCCUGCGCGCCGUGGCCCUCUACUUCCCUGACAUUGGUUAUGUCCAGGGCAUGGCGUCCCUAGCCGCUACCCUGCUCUGCUAUUUCGACGAAGAACGCGCCUUCGUCAUGAUGGCUCGAAUGUGGCAAUUGCGCGGGCUCUCCGAACUAUACAGCGCCGGCUUCGAGAAUUUACUCGCCUGUCUUUCCGACCUCGAGACCCGAUGGCUAGCCGGGAAAGAUGUCGCGACGAAGCUCUCUGAGCUGGGCAUCGAUGCCACCGCCUUUGGUACUCGCUGGUAUCUUACACUCUUUAACCUCUCCAUCCCCUUCCCCGCGCAACUACGCGUAUGGGACGUGUUUCUCCUCUUGGGAAAGCCCGCGCCCUCACCGGCGCCGAACACCGCUGCGGCCUCUUCAUCCAAGAUGGACAGUGGCAAAGGCAAGUCGAAGAACGAUGAUGCAGCGACUGCCCAUCUUGACGUGCUUCAUGCUUCAGCAACGGCGCUCAUGGAUGCUCUUAGCGAAACCAUCCUGGAUUCCGACUUUGACAACGCCAUGAAGGUCCUCACUUCGUGGAUCCCUGUCAAGGAUGAGGAUCUCUUGAUGAAGGUCGCCCGGGCUGAGCUCAAGCAAAGCGGGAAGCACAAGAAGAAGAAGCCGAAAACGCAACAGGGCUAG